CCCCGGGCGGGUCGGGUCGGGCCGGGCCGGGCGCUCCCGGGGGCCGGGGAGAGCAGUCUCCGAGCCGGGCAGGGCCGUCCCGCCAUCGCGGGCAGCGCUGUGGGUGAGGAGCGGCGGGUGCGAGCGGAAUGGAAAAGAAGAGUUCAUGGUUUCUGGUUUACGUAACAGCAGAGGCUGAAUAGGCAUGAAGGAGACUAUAGUGGGAAUGAGAAGUGUCAAAAGAGAAGAAAUGAAUCCUACAAAUGAUGGUGCAGUGUUUGGGACCAUUUUUGACUGGGACUAUCUCUUAUGGGAAGUUCGUUUGACAAUUAUAGCUGCUGGUUUUUUAAUCUACUUGGGAGUAUUUCUUCUGUCUCACUGGUUGUCUUCAUGGAGAAGUACCACUUACCGUGCCUUGUAUGCAAAGGAGAAGGUGUUUUGGAAUAUGGCAGUCACACGUGGUGUGUUUGGACUUCAGAGCUGUGUUGCUGGGCUGUGGGCUUUGCUCAUAGAUCCCGUUUUUCAUGCUGACAAAGUGUAUUCACAGCAAAAGUGGAGUUGGUUUAACUGUUUAAUAGCUGCUGGAUUUUUCUUGCUUGAAAAUGUAGCAGUCCAUGUGUCCAACAUUGUUUUUAGAACAUUUGAUGUGUUCUUGGUAGUUCAUCAUUUGCUUGCUUUUGGUGGCUUGGCUGGUCUGGUAAUUAAUGUGAAAUCUGGACAUUAUCUGCCUUUGAUGGGAAUGUUGCUGGAGAUGAGUACUCCCGCAACAUGCAUUUCCUGGAUGCUUCUGAAGGCUGGCUGUGCUAACACCUUUUUCUGGAAGGCAAACCAGUGGGUGAUGAUCCACCUGUUUCACUGCCGCAUGAUUCUUACUUACCACAUGUGGUGGGUGUGUAUUUUCAAUUGGAAUUCUGUGGUAGAAAACCUGGGACUUCUUCACUUUAUUGUUUUAUUCUCGGGAUUAUUUGCUGUUACGCUAAUACUUAACCCAUACUGGACAUACAAAAAAACUCAGCAACUCCUCAGCCCAACGGACUGGAACUUCGAAAAUAAAGCAAUGGAAAAUGGAAAAUUAAAUGGUGAAACACAACAAAAGAAGAGGAUAUAACACUGAAGCAGCAGUUUCCUAGUAGGGUAACGCAAAAGUACAAUGCGAAGUAAUUCCUUGCAUGUGAACUAGAAACUUUUGCAAGAAGCUCAUUGACAUAGUGAUUUGUUGCUGGUAGCAUUCUGUAUGCAUCAGAAGUAUUGAAAAGCAUUGUUUGUGUUUCAUAUGUGCAUACACAUUAGAACUUCACCCUGUUAGUUAUGAAUUACGCCAACAAUUUUGUCAAAUUGGGCAGUAUUUCAUAAUUUAGUAGUUACAUGCUCCCUAAUGGCAGCCUUUGUCCUAAUGCUUCAAAGUGGCUUCACAGUUGUCUAUUAAGCUCAGCUUGAAUCAAGUUUAGCUUGAAUUGUAUUUCACAUAUGGCAGAGAUGCUGAUACUGGAAAUUACGUUAAGUUGUUUAUUAAGAUCAAUUAUGACCCAAGUUAGGUAUGCAUAGAUACCUAAUUCCUGUAUGCCAGUGAAUCAUUCCAAGUGGCUGAGCUGGUCAGUGGAAGAAUGCAGUCAUAGCUUAAGUUUGGGUUUUGUUGUUGGUUGGUUUGUGGGUUUGGUGUUUUUUUUUUUUUGUUUGUUUGGUUGGUUUUUUGUGUUUUUUUUGUGUUUUUUUGUUGUUGUUGUUUUUGUUUGUUUGUUUUUGUUUUUGUUUGGUUUUUUGGGGUUGUUUUGUUUUGUUUGUUUUAUUUUAUUUUAUUUUGUUUUUUUAUUUCAAGUUCACUUGAGGAACAGGAAGAUAAUUGUUUGAGUGUUCACUGUCAAAGUGAGUUGUAGUUUCAGGUUGCCCUCAGUAUGGGAGGAGUUCGUAUCCACCAAAACCGUGCAUACACACAUUUGUUGUUUGUGUAGACUAGCUAGGUAAUCAUAGUGAUCGCUUCUGGAAUUGAAAUCAAUGAAAUACAAGUGGCAGCAACAGGAUGUGACUCUGCUUUGUCCUUCAAAAGACUGCUGCUUGAUUAGUAAAAUUAUUUUAUUUGUAGAGCCCACUAGUUCCACUAAUGCUCCUGUUAUGGUUCCUCUUAUUUUUGGAAAUGCACUUAGUUUUAGAGGAUUUUAGAAUCUGAGAUGACUCCUCCAUGGAGGAAAGCCCAGGUCACCUCCUGUAGAGUUCCAGUUGUUCUUUUAGUGUUUUUAUUUACCUUUGCGGAGCAUACAAAAUGACACUAACAAUCUUUUGCACUUUAUCUGUCACAUCACAAAAAUCUGUCCUUGACCUGAGUAAUUGGGUUCCAUUUUAGAUAGGCACUAAUGGCAAUGGAUGUUCUCCCACUUAAAAUAUUGGUCUGAUGAUUCCUAGGUGAAGUGUUGGGAAGUGGAUUAAGGGAUAAAGAUCACGAUAGAAGAGAGUGACGCCUAGUGGCAGGAGAAUGACAAAGAUACUACUUUUGGUGCACAGAACUAGUAAGAUAAAAAGCCUCUUAAUUGGAACUGUCUGUGAUAUGACUGCUGCACAGAUUUAUUUUGCAAAGCAUAAGACUGGGCAAGCACAAACUGUGAAGAAUUUUAGGUCCAGCCAUGGGUUAGAGACUUAGUGUACUGAUCUCUGGUGGAGCAUAUUGUUUUAAAAGUGUAAGGAAAGCACUCUUUGGUGUAAAUAGACCCCUUUUAUUAAGUUUUAGUGGCAGUGUCUUUGAUUUUGUUCUGAGUGAAGGGAGGAAACUAGUGGUCAGGUUGUUGUGUUCCCUGAUUCACUCUGUGUGAGCACAGACUUGAAUUGCUGCUCUAUGAGGGAGAGGAAACGUGUUUCUAUUAGGUCACAAAUGUAUAGCUAGAUCCUGUUGAUAAUGAUGAAGUGGUGAAUAUCUGAAAUUGCCCAUUCAAAACUACGCUGAGAGGGCGACCCUCAGUAGAGAGGGACAGUUGUUUUAUACAGCAAUUCUGUCUGUUACUCUGCUUAUACUCAGUAGAGAACUUGGAGCUGUCUUCUUACUCCUAAGCUGGGCAAAAUGAGGUUGCCAAAACACUGCAAUGUCACCUGUCUGGGCACCAUCCUAUAGUAAAAAGAGUUCUCUAAAGCUUGAAAUGAUAUGCCUCUCCUGAGGAUUUGUGUGGGGGAGAGUACUCUUAAAAGUACUUUGGAAGAAAGGAGAGAGAUGAAUUCCUUGGAAAUGGAACUGAAAAAUGUGAUCUGAAUGCAUAUGUAGUAGAAACCAAACCUCACUUCCAGGAGUUCCAGGGAGAAAGGAGAGGGUAAGUCACCAGUGACCAGAUAUGAAAAUGAUGGUGUGCUCUAUGAAGCUUAACAUUUGAAGGUUUGGAUUCAAUAAAACAAGGUAAUAAUUGUAAAAGUCCCAGCUACAGGAUUCUGAAGAAUUCUAACAGAAAAUGGAAGCAUCAGAAGUAGUUUGGGCCAGGUGUGUAAUUCUUGUAGUGGCUGGCUAAAGGAGGUGAAGUUCUAUGUGCUAAAAUAAAAAAAUAUAGAGAGUGGGAGUUAGUAGUGAAUUUGUGACUGAAAAAAGGAGACAUGGAAAUUUAUACCAUGGUACCUGAUGUCUAAAGUUUAAUAUUUUGUAUUAUUAAUUCGUGUAAUUUUAUUAAGUGGCUUUUAAAUAUUUCAUUAAAAUUAUGGUUUUAUCAUCAUAGUGCUUUUUUUUGUAGUUUGCAUAUUAGUGUGAGUUUUUUCAUGCAGAGAGUGUUAUGGUAUGUCUUAAAUGUUUUUCAUGUCUUAACUGUAUAAUGAAUAAUACCUCGGAACACCUGUUAACCUAAACACUGGUAGACCUUCUAGAACAAGAAAGCCAUGCAAUAAAAGUAACAGCACUCAUUUAUGUUGGUUUGGUGGGAUUUUACAGGCCAGCUAGAAAUACAACACGACAAAAAUAGACAACCUUUCUUCUUCAUCUUGAUGUCUUGGAGUUGGAGUUACCGGUUCUGUUACACAGAGCCUCUUUUUUUAUACUACAAUAUAAAAAGAUCUUUUAUAAAGGCGUGUAGGGAUUGGACAAAGGUAAUGGCUUUAAACUGAAAGAGGGAAGAUUUAGAUUAGAUAUUAAUAUGAAAUUCCUCACUAUGAGGGUGGUGAGGCACUGGAACAGUUUGCCCAGAGAAGCUGUGGAUGCUCCAUCCCUGGAAGUGUGUUCAAGGCCAGGUUGGGUGGGGCUUUGAGCAACCUAGUCUAGUGGGUGUUAUCUCUGCCCAUGGUAAAGGAGUUGAAACUACAUGAUCUUGAAGGUGCCUUCCACCUCAAAUCAUUUUGUGAUUCUUCACUGCCUUUCGGCUGCUUCCUUCAGGAGGAUUUUCUGGUUUAUUAUUGUGGAUGACUGUCUUAUUGCUCUGAAACAAGCCUGAAAAAGUUCUCAAACUGAGGGUUUUGGUGUCUAAUUACUCUUCCAACUAAGUACUGCUUUUCAACCCAAAGGUAGACUAGCCAUAGCUUGUUUGUAAAUUCUGUUGAUAUGAAACUAAUCCCAGUCCCCUUGGGCCUCUUACAUGGCCUCAUCCACAAUCCCAUAUAGAAAAAUUCACAGUCAGCUUUAGUAGUGGCUGGAUCAGGUCACAAGGUUUGCUGCUGUGGAUUUGGAAAACUCUUGCAUAAUAUGAUUUCAGGUGAAUUUUUUGUUUGCCAAGGUGACUGUUGGGGACUUGAUUCUGCUUUCUUGUUGAACAAGGUUAUUUGAAGGAGUGCUGUUUGAAGCUUUUUUUUCUAAAAAAAACCCGACACCCCAAACCAACAAACUACGGUGGGGAUGAGGGUGUUUGGUUUUUUGGUUUGGGUUUUUUUAAAGAAAAAUAUCUGAUCUAAGACACCUUGACCAGGCAUCUGGUUCUUACUGUCUUCAAACAACAUUCCAAAGUCACAGUUUGUGUUUUCCUCCGUUUGUGUCCUGUCAUAUGUUUUUUUCCAAAACUUGCCAUCAUUUCCCCUCCAGCCCCCCAAUUUUUCUAUAAUAUUUUCUUGCAGUACUGGUCACGAUCUUGCAGCCCUCACAUUACCAUGGCAAUAUUUUUGUCUAGUAGUUUUCAGCAUUUCCUGUCAGGCCCAUCUUUCACUAAAUAACCAUGUCCAAAUCUUUCAGGUUUUUUGCGUUUUCCUGAACACAUUGAUUAAAUAUUGAUGUGAUGUACAGUUAUAAGAAACCUUUUUUAACCUCAGGGAGACUCACACUUAAAGUGAAUUUAGAAAUAUUAACCAAACUCAAGUCUGCUCUUAUACAAUGUAACAUUUGCUGAAUGGUACAGCAUCUUUACGCUGUGUACAUAAAUAAAAGUAUUUUAUUGAA